GUUGGAGUUGGCCUGAAGACACAGAAGAAGUGGGAGUCAUGUGAAUGGACUUGGCAAGAAAGAGUAUGUGAAUUAGAGAUUGCUUGUUAAAAGCAAUAUUCACUGACUCAUCUAUUCAUUAUCUUAGUGAAUGAUGAUUUCCUUUUUUGCUAGCGUUGGAAAACUAGCCUGUUGAUUGAGCCAUAUUUACAGAUUUUCAGAACAACAAAAAUUGUGUGCUGAUAGUUGUCCUUGUGAAUAUGUAUUUAUGAAAUGUAGGAAAGAGUACAGCGCCAAGUACAGUGAGUGCUUCAGAUGGAGCCAGAAGAGGUGGUGGGGUAGGUGGAGGCAAGAAAAAGAAAGCCUGUAUGAAAGCAGUCAUGACAGAUCAGAGACAGAAUAAUAACUAGAAGAGAUGCUGUUUGCAAGCUUUUGAAAAUGUGGACAAGCAGAUGGAAUGACAGAAGACUGAACAGACAAUGGGCUGUACAUACCCUGAUGGCAUUUUGUGCAUGGAGACAUGUUGCUUGCUAUGGCAUCUGAGACCGAAAAGGCCCAUGCUCUUCUCCAGUCAUUCAGCACAGCCUCUAUUAUUUCAAGCCUAGGACUGGGGAUUUUCUGCUUUGUAGCGGAUAGAUUUCUACAAUUUUCUUUCAUUCAGCAAAAUGACUGGUUGCGGGCACUAUCUGAUAACACUGUGCAUGGUGUUGUGGGAUUCUGGUCGUGGGCAAUAGUGAUUGGACUCAAGAAGAAAAGUGACUUAACAGAAGUCUUGUUAGCUGGUUUCCUCUCAUCUGUAAUUGACAUGGAUCACUUUGUUUUAGCUGGUUCUCUUUCAUUAAAGGCUGCCUUGACUCUUCCACGAAGACCAUUCCUUCACUGUUCCACUGUGAUUCCUGUUGUGUGUCUGACGUUAAAAUUUAUUAUGCAUCUUUUCAAGCUGAAGGAUUCUUGGUGCUUUCUUCCCUGGAUGCUGUUUAUCUCCUGGACUUCACAUCAUGUUCGGGAUGGAAUUCGUCACGGCCUAUGGAUCUGUCCAUUUGGAAAGACUGUUCCCCUGCCUUAUUGGCUUUAUGUGGCAAUCACGGCCUCUUUACCUCAUCUCUGUUCUUUUAUUAUGUAUUUAACAGGAACAAGAGAACUGAUGUCGAUAAAACAUGGGAUUCAUAUCGAUGUCUGAGGACACUGUAAAUGGUUGUGUUUGUGUCACCAAGAUAAUUCACUCGUGAUAUAAACUGACAUCACAAAGUUUUAUAACAGCAGCUUUGCUUCCUUGAAGCCACUGUUGCACAAGGUAAUGUGAUCAAAUAAUGUCCAAGUCGUCUCUUUGUUAGCAUCUCCUAUAGAGUUUUUUUAAAUUCAAAAAUUGGCUAAGUAUUAAGAAGGAUGAGCAGUUGAUGAAAAGGAUGAUCCUUCCUAUUGCCAGUUCAUAGUGACUGAAUCAAUCCGUAGCUCAUGAAUUCUAAUUUCAGGAAGCAAUUAUAUGUUCCUCCCUUUCCAGUCUCUAUAUAGCUUUGGGAGAAAAGGACAGAGUCAUAGAGCUGGAAUCAGGAGAGGAAAAAAAAUACGCUGUGGGGCAUUUCAGGUGGGAUUUAUACUGGGCAGCAGAGACCACUGUUGUGGACAUCCUCCACCUCAAAUCCAAUUUGAAAAAAUAAAGUAUUUGUUAAAGUCUUCCUUUCCUCUCUCCUAUAAUAUCCUCCUUUACCCCUUGUCAUUUUCUGCUCAUAAUAGUUGUAUCUCUGAGCCUUGUCCUUUCUUUAACUAGUUGUCAUGUCUACUGAACUGUUAACAUAAAGCAUAAUUAAAAAGCUGCUAAGGACCAUUAAAUAUUUAUUUAUUGUUUAGAAACAUCCAAAAGCAGGCAUCUUAUACUUUGUUUAGUUAGGGGGUUAGCAACUGGAGGUCUUGGAGCCAAAGCCCUGCUCUCUGUAGAACACUACCUAACCCCUCAUUUGUCAGUAUGUUGGUGAAAGAUAUGACGGGGGAACUAUGUGUCUAAAAACAAAACACAAUGGGAAGCCGGGUUUUUUUGUUUGUUGAGUUGGAGAGGUCUUACAUUUGUACAAUGUAAAACAUUUGAAAUGUCUUCUGAUUUUAGAGGCAAGGGCUUGGACAGAAUGCAAAAGGAAUAAAACAAAGUCCUGAUUGUGUCACAAUUAUGUUUGUGGUAAAGGAAUAAAGGCAUUUUUGUAAGAGGUUUCACUGGUAGUAUAAAAAAAAGGAACAGUAGUGGAAAGAUAAUGGCCCCUUGAAAGAUUUUCCAUUUACUGUAUAUGUGUUCUAGUUUUGUUUUAAUUUAGUAGCAUCACUGAAUUUUAAUAUUCUUUCUGGCUUACAGAAGAAUACUUAACUAUGCUAUUUUAUUUUAUUGCAACACAUCAAGUGCUGCUGUUCAGUCUUGAUUAAUAGUUUUCUAUAUUUUUAUCUAAUAGAAAUACUGAUGCAUGUAAAAUGUAGUAACAAGUUUGUGAAAAUGGAAUUCAAGGUAUGUUUCCCAUUAUUGGUAGCUUUCUGCAAGAGCACUUUUAAGUUUAAACUACUGAAGAAAUCUAGUUUCCUGUUCUUUGAAAACUCUUAAAUGAAUCACUCUGAAAUACUAUGUGAAAAUGUAGUGAGUGAAUAUUUUACAGAACGACUUUAGAAGUAGAUGACAAUAGAAUAGUAAGUAAUACAUACAAAGGUAAAGAAAAGUGUUUGCAAUCUUCAUGCAUUUUAUGGCUGCUUCUAACCACAUAAGUGUGACCAAAAUAAAGGUAAUCAUUCUGCACAGCUCAAAAUAGCAAUGUGGGGGAUGUUUGGUUAUAAUAUUCAGAGGAACAGCGGUCAUAUUCCCAAAUUGGGAGAAUUUUAAAAUGGAAUAAGAUGCAGAUAGGUUAUAGGUUCCAUACUGGAAAUGGUGUGUGUGCCUGUUCACUUAGGUUUUCUAAUGCAGUACUAUUGAAAGUUGUGGUCUGUGGCCCUGUCCCAGUCUACAAACCAUUGGCUGCUGGGUCAUGGAGAGUCUCCGGGGGGAAAAGAAACAGUUGUAUCCAAUAGGCACAAAUAUAAUGAUAAAUAGUGAUACCUUGCACAUUAGAAUUAAAAAUACUUGUUUCCACAUCAAAUAGCUUGAGAAGCACCACUGUAAUGGAUAUACAUCUGCCUGAUAAGUGGUGUUGCGCCUACUGUGUAUUGUGAGAUGGCAUUUCUGUUACUGUCUUUAUUCAGGAUUUUCCGUAGAUUACAUAUCAGUAAAUCGGGGUUUUAAAUGUGAAUUUUUACUUGUCAUUCCCAGUGGAUCCACUAGUCUAGGUAUGAUAACAUACUUGUAUUAUACUUGUGUUGCUAAACAUUAUUUUUAUUCAUGCAUUGCUUUUCUAGCUGUGCAGUCAAUAUUAGCUGCAUACAUUUUUAGGUGCACAUAUUAAAAUUUAAUGCGUGAAUUGUACAAUGAGCAGAAUCAUUGUAUAGAAAAAAUGGCUCCACAGGGACAUCUAGAUUUCCUGUGUCUGCCACUUUUUCCCUGUAUGCCUUAACAUGAAUUGCAUGUUUUAAAAUUAAAGGAAACAGUUUGUUUUUUAGUUGCUGUUAGGUUUUGCAUAGCAUCUGGUUCUUUCUGUAUAGUUAGUGCUAUCACUAAGAAAAAAUGUUAAGACACAGCUUGUUGAACUCUUAUUUUAGAUUUAGUGAUCAAAAACGUUCCAGUUUAAUACAUGAGCUAAAACUCAUGUUUGCUCCAGUUCCACAAAACAGGAAAUUGAAAAACUGAGCCUGCUGCUCUUAACAGAUGUGCUGCAUGAUUAAGAAUGAUGUUGUACAAUUUCACUAAUUGUAGUUGUUUACAUUUUACACUCCAAGGAUUCUCACUAUUCCUUACUCUUUCUGGCCCAAAUUCAAAGAAAAAAGAUAAGAGCACUGAACUCAGCAAAGGUCUCCUGGUAUUGUCUUGGCCCACAUUGCUUUACUGAAGCAUCUUGCAGCAGUUUGUGGACAUUAAAAAUCUACCACAGUCCUUUCUCUGAGUAGAACACCCAGUUUAUUAAUACAUACAUCUUGUAGAAUAGUAUAAUGAUUGCAGGCUGGACCUACAGUAUGCUGAUCCUAAGCUAAAAUUGGGGAACCUUAAAAGUUACUUAUGGUCAGUUCUUACAUGUGAAUAUGCAGUUGCUUUUUCCUACCUAUCCCCAUGAUAGAAACUAGUGAUAGGGAAGGGGGAUAAAAUGAGAGCAUUGCCCCCAAAUAAUAAUUCUGUUCCCCUAAAUGAUACUUGCCUUCAGCACCCAAAUUUCUAGCGUUGCAGAAAGUGAGAUACUGAAAAUUGUUCACAACUAUUACUAUUAUAUACUAGAUUCACAUUCCCUUGGUACCUUUGGCUGUUCUGUUUCUAUGGACACCUAAAGUGUAUUUCUAAAUGCUAAACUGAAGUUUUAACUUACUGCAAUACUGGAAAUUUUGGAACUGAAACAAAAUUUAUUGAAGGAGGCCUAAUUCUUGAUAGAGACAGUACUCCCCACUCACCCUGAACUGCACCCGUCAUAAUAAUCCUCAAGAAGGUGAUCGCUUAGUAUAUCUGCUUGGACUAGUUGAUGCUAGGAGGUGGGAGCCGAAGGCAACAUGUUCUUCUUUCACCGCAGAUCCUUGUUUUUCAUGGUCCACUAUACUCAGAAUAUCAAGUGGUAAGCUGAGUAGGGUUUUUCCCCUUUGUGUCUAGGCCUGCUCCAGUUAUUGUUAAUAAUGAAGAACUUAAAAAUCAGGGGUUUAAUGUACAGUCCAAUUAUCCUGUUUCCUACAAUAGUCAGCCAGAUGCCUACAGGAAACCCCAAAUGUGGGGCAACAGAUAAUAACCAUUUCUCACUCUUGUUCCCCAACAACUGGUAUUCAGAGACAUGGAGGCUUUAAACCUGGAUAUAUUAUAUGACCUUCAUUACUAGUAGGCACUGGUUUGGUUUUGGCUGUAUGGGUUAUUCUGAGAAAUUGUAAAACAUUUUCUUGUAAUCUAUUGUGUUUAAGCAUAUUAGCAGCAAUUAAACCAAAGGAGCUCCAUCUUUGAUAAGAAGUGUUAAGAUUUUCUGGAGAUUUCUUUUAUCCCAGGGAUGGGGAUGUGUCACCCUCCAGAGGUUGGACUGCAGUUUCCAUUAUCAUUCACCAUUGGCUAGGACUGAUUGCAGUUUCAUUCCAACAAUAUUGGGAGGGUCAUAGGCCCAAUUCAAACUGGCCUAAAGUGCGCCCUCGUCACAUGCUAAGGGUUGACCGAGGGCGCACCACCCAUAUGUGCCUCACCCCAGCACGUGACGAGGGCGUCAAAAUGCUGGCACCCUGUACACACGGAUGCCAUUAUUUUGAAGCAACGGACGCGUAGCGUCCACACAUCGCAGCACACUUGUGACAUCCCGAGUGCACCAUUGGCACACUAGGGCGUCACAAGUGUGCCGGAGAAAACCCGCUUUUUGCAGCUUCUUUUUGCUCCACGAGGGAGCCGCACGGUUUGUCCGCUGCGACUUCCUCGUGGAGCAAAGCAAGGCAGCUUGAAAGAUUUUCCUUUUUGGGCGGUCUGUAUCCUGCCAUAGUUACUUGGCCUGUUUUAUUUGGUGACAGCUGCUUCUAUAGAAUUAAAUUGAAUUUUAGUACCACCUAAAAUUGGCAGGGGGCUGAAUAAAUGGCCCUUGCAAUCUCUUUCAACUCUCUGAUUCUAAAGUAACUCCAUUUAAAUAAAUGGGGGUUUUAAAAUGUUCUGCCGUGGGACUAGUGAACUCAUUGUUUCUUGUGAGUUCUUGUUCUGUCUUACUGGAAGAUUUAAUGCAUAUGCUGUGCUCCAUGCUGACAGAUUUCAUGGUGAUAUCCUUCUGAGAUACUAUAGCAAAAUGAGAAUUAGAAGGGGGAGCAAAAUAACUGCUUAGGAACCUAGGGUAGAACAGUUCAGACUCUUUGUCCAUUUAGACCUCGACUACAAAUCUAGUAUUGUCUGUUUUGGUUAGCAGCCAUUGUCCUGGAAGUUGAGCAGACGUCUUUCCCAUUCUGAUCCUUUUAACUAGUGAUACCAAGGAUUGAAUUUGGUAUCCAUGUAAACUGUACCCCUUCCUUCCCUUCUUCCAGACCAGAGUGACUGUUGUCAAAUAGAAGACUUUAAACAAGUAUUCCUAGGGCAUGAUUAUUAACUGAAUUAGUUUAAAUGCUUACAUAGACAAUCAGACCUGAGCUGGCAUUUAUGUUCCCUACACUUAGGGUUGCCAUAAGUCAGGACCUCCAAACCGGGACAAAUGUAGGACAACAUUUUCAAAUGGAGGACACAUUUAUUUAUUUUUUUAAAUGGAGGACACGCGAAAAAAUUUGAUUU